AUGUCGCGCGACGACGCCGAUUUCUAUUCAACGACGACUUUGCUUGCACAUGCACUUCGAAAGCUUUAUCUGUUAUCGCGACCGCAUGAAGGUUUGAGUGCUCUCGAGGAGUCCAUCACUAUUCUGCAACAAGCUAUCGAUAGCUCUUCCGUGGGCGAUGGCAGGAGAGCUGAGUGGCUCAUUAGCCUCGCGCUCGGCUUAAGCCUUCGUUGCGAUGCGACAGAAUCCGAAAGCGAUGCUAUAGAAGCUUCUCGAGUAGCAUACGGGGCCGUGGACGCAGUAGAAAGUGAUGAUCCGUCAUACGCUACAAUCCUGCAAUCAGCAUGUCAUUUCAUCGGCAAAAAGGCAAUCAGGCUCCACGAUGAAGAUGAUUUGGACAAGAUGUUCGAGAUGCACAAAUCCAUACUGGCGGUUACACCCGUCGAUCAUCCCAAACUCAAAUCACGAUUGCAGAGCUACGAUGAUACUAUGUUUAAGCUGUACUUGUCAUUCGGACAGAAAGAUGCUCUUGAGGAAGCGAUCCGAGCCUCGGAGUACAUCAUCAACAUCCCAGAUCAAAGCUCAGAAGAACAUGCGAGAAAUGUAUGGAUUCUCGCCCAGCGUCUCGUUCAACGAUACUUGAGGACCGGAACAUCUGCCGAUCUUGAUGAUAGCAUAAGAGCGUGCCAACAAGCUGUCGAUGACACUCCAAUCAGCUCCAAGAAUCGACAGCGAAGGCUACAGUCCCUUUGCGAUCGACUGGGAGAGAAGUAUUCUCAGACCCUGGAAGAAGCUGAUUUCCAGGCCGCCAAGGUGGUAGUAGAUCAGAUUCUCAAUCAUUUACCGAUGAAACCAAGGUGCCGAGCCCGAUCACUUGGAAACAUCGGCAUCAUUCUAAGCCUUAGAUACAGGCAAACAGGACACGACGAUCACUUUCAACAAGCGAUCCAUGUUGCUAGCGAAGCCGUUGAUUUGACUGCUGACGGCGAGAUUGGGCGUGCUGUCCGACUGAAUAACCUUGGUGGAGUAUAUGCCGAGGCAUAUCACAAGACUGGAAACAAAGAGCGACUCGAAGAGGCAAUCCGGAUCGGGAGAGACGCCCUCACUGCCACGCAUGAUGGUCAUCCAGACAAAGCCUUGCGGCAUUUCAAUCUUGCAGACAGACUUCAAUUACGAUAUCUUGAAUCGGAGUUAACUGAUGACCUCGAAGAAGCGAUUUCCUUAUAUCGACUCGUCCUAAAUCAGUUUAGUGCUCCCAUGUUUCUUCGUGUUCAGGCUGGUUACUCCAUGAUGCAGAGUUGCGUUUGGAACCGUGACUGGAACGAAGCAUACAAGGCUGGUUCCCAAACCAUCGAUCAUCUGUCACUCUUCAGACCUCUUUCACUACAAAACACUGAUAUGCAGCGUGAAGCGAGCAAACUUUUAGGUUUGGGUACUGAGACAGCAUCACUUGCAUUGGAAGUGGGAAAGAGUGCAGCCACUGCCCUUGAGUUUCUUGAGAUGGCUCGAGGAGUCAUGGCGUCUUCCAUAAACGUGCUUCGGGCUGAUAUCAAGGAUCUGGAGAGGGAUUUCCCGGAACUGGCCGGCAGAUAUAAACAUCUUCGAGACCAGCUAGACACAGGUUCUGUUCCUAAAUCCGACUUUGCACUAGGCGACGAGGUUUGGGAAAACGAGAUGAGCCAGAGAUAUGACACCGGAGAGCAGAUUUCAGCAUUAUUGGAGGAGAUACGUUCAAAACCGGGCUUUGAGAACUUCUCACGGCCCGAAGAUGAGGAACGGAUGCGAAGUGCAGCCGCUCUGGGUCCUUUGAUUGUGGUCAACGUCGGCCCUCUUGCUUGCGACGCUAUAAUCAUCCAGCAGGAUGGGUUCAGUGCCAUUCCCCUCCCGCGCUUAGAUAAGAACGAUAUCGACUCCAAAUAUCAGUCAUUAGGUCGAGGUAGUCUCAAGGUUCUCGAAUGGCUUUGGGAUGUCGUUGCUGAGCCCAUACUGACUGCGCUGGGUUUCACUGAACCACCCCAUUCAGGCGAGAUGAAGAGGGGCGGUACAGUCAACGAAACAGCGAGGCGGUAA